GAGAGAGAGAGAGAGAGAGAGAGAGAGAGAGAGAGAGAGAGAGAGAGAGAGAGAGAGAGAGAGAGAGAGAGAGAGAGAUGGAGAGGUUAGGGACGAGAAGGAAGAGUAGGGAAAGAGGUGUAGGUGAUGCGAAUGUCUGCACGCUAUGGGGAAGGAUGCUGCUGCUGAGCGUGUUGGUCGGGAUCCCGACGUGUCGGGCACGGUGGGACAACCUGACGUCUCUUGUCCAAUUCUCGUCGACGAACCAGGCGUCUUCGCCGAAGUUUCCUGAUAAGGAAAGCAAUCUCCACGACGAUUUCGACCUUCCUGAUCCAGUCAGUUAUAAUUUCACUCAGGACUGGUUCAGCAGCAACGUCGGCCCUUGGAUUGACAAUCUUUCCCAUCUGAAAGGUCAGCCCAAUCGGUUGGGACUGGAGAUCGGCUCCUACGAAGGACGAAGCGCMACGUGGACAAUGACUCACCUCUUAACCCAUCCGUCGAGCAGAUUGAUCUGCUGCGAUCUGUUCCUCAGCCCUUGGUUCCCGMRCUUUCURAACAACACCCGCGCUUUUCGGCGGGAAAGACGCGUCUUUAUCCGACAAGGACCCACCGAAGAGACGUUAUCGGAUCCGCUUGUGACAUCUGGCAGGUACGACAUGAUUGUCGUCGACGCGGGCCAUUCGAGCGAGAGCGUUAUCCUCGACGCAUUACGCACCUGGCCKCUUUUAAAGGUAGRGGGGGUGAUGAUUUUCGACGAUUACCUGUGGCUGGAUUUGAGCGAUAAUGCGCCGAAGCCGGCAAUCGACAAGUUUUUGGAAUGGUUCGCAGACGAGCUGCAGUUGCUGCAUAAGGGAUACCAAGUGCUCGUGAAGAAGACAGAAGGAGAAGGAGGAGGACGAGAGGAAGGGAGAAAGGGAAAAGAGAAGGAGAAGGGGAUGGAGAAGGAGGAGGAGGAGGACGAGAGGGAAAGGAACAAAGUGGUUGAGAAGGAAAGGGAAAAGGAAAAGGAGGAUGAGAAAACAGAGAAGGAUGAACCGCUAAGGGAAGUGGAAAGGGAGAAAGAAAAAGGGGAAAAGGAAGGAAAUGAGAAAGAGAAAGGGAAAGCAAGGGGUAAGGACGGUGGACGGGAGAGGGUAAGGCCCAGGGAAAGGGUGAAGAUGAAAGGAAAGGAGAAGAGGAGGAAAUGGGCCCAAAAAGCCCACCAAGAAAAGGAGAAGGAAAUGGUGGUUCCACAGGGAGGCGUCGAUGGUGGCAAACCGACAAAGGAAGUAGCAGUAAAAGAGACAGACCCUCAGGUACGUGGGGAAAAGAACUUGGACAAAGAUAUCCAGAUGGAUCAUUCCGACACAGUUCAGCGUAAGGAGGAUGAAGUCAAGAUCCUCGACGGCAGCGAUGGUACGGAGACGAGUCAACGACAGGACUCUGACGUUACUUCUGGUACCCACGACUCCCCGACAGGGGGUAAAGUUGUCCCUGACCCCCAGGGAGGCGUCGUUGGUGGCAAACCGACAAAGGAAGUAGCAGUAAGAGAGACGGACCCUCAGGCACAAGGGGAAAAGAACUUGGACAAGGUUAUCCAGAUGGAUCAUUCUGACACAGUCCAGCGUAAGGAGGAUGAAGUCAAGAUCCUCGACGGCAGCGAUGGUACUGAGACGAGACAUCAACAGGACUCUGACGAUACUUCCGGUACCCGUAAGGCUCACUGCCCUCCUSACUCUCCAGUACCCAGCUCGAGACGGAAUGGUGCCAUUGGUUCCAGCGGUACAAGGCCUACGGGUCCGGUGUACCUGUCUCCAGCAGCAGUAAUCCCGUUGGUACCGCAGUCUUGACCCGGUAGUCUUGGAUCAGAGCCCAGCGGUUCCAUGAGUUUCAUGAUCACUGCCCGAGUGAAUUUUCCCCCGGACCGGAUCAAGUAUUGUACCAUGUGAUAACGGCAUCUGCUUCAAUGUCCUCUCUCAGCUACGAACCAGCAACCUUGUAGAAACAUAAUAGCUCCGGACUGCAGUGGCUGCACCGAUACCAGAUCAACGCCAAGGUCGAACCACAGACCAUAUCAAAACAAAAGAGGCAGACUGGA